UCAGGCGGGGCCAUGGCCGCGGGCGGGCGGGCGGCCGAGCCGCCGGCAGAGCUCAGCCACUACGUGGUAGCGCGGCCCAUCUACAGCGAGCCGGGCUUCCAGGAGGAGAACGAGCGGCGGCCGCCGCUGCCGCCCACGCUCCGCGAGCGGGCGCAGGCGGCCUGCAGAUGUUCCAGAAAAAGGGCCUUUCAGAUUGCCAAGUCCUUUCUGCCCAUCCUGGAGUGGCUGCCCAACUACCGGGCGAAAGAGUGGCUGAUCAGCGACAUCAUCUCGGGGCUCAGCACUGGCCUCGUCGCAACCCUUCAAGGUUUGGCAUAUGCUUUGCUGGUUGCAGUCCCUGUUGGAUAUGGUCUCUAUUCUGCUUUUUUUCCCAUCCUGACAUACUUUUUCCUGGGAACAUCAAGGCACAUCUCAGUUGGUCCAUUUCCUGUAGUCAGUUUGAUGGUGGGAUCUGUUGUAUUGAGCAUGGCCCCUGAUGAGAAUUUUCUCAUAGAAGGCAUUAAUGCUACAGGGACUAAUAGUACUGGCACACUGAUAGACACUGAAUCCAGAGAUGCACAGAGAGUGCUGAUUGCUAGUACUCUCACAUUCCUAGUUGGAAUUUUACAGGUAAUAUUUGGAGUCCUCCAGAUUGGUUUCAUUGUGAGGUACCUUGCAGAUCCACUAGUUGGGGGAUUCACAACUGCAGCUGCUUUUCAAGUGCUUGUGUCACAAUUGAAAAUAGUCCUGAAUGUUUCAACUAAAAAUUAUAAUGGUGUCCUCUCCAUAAUAUACACUCUUAUUGAAACAUUUGAAAAAAUUGGUACCACCAACAUUGCAGAUCUUAUUGCUGGACUCCUCACCAUUUUUGUCUGCAUGGUAGUUAAAGAACUAAAUGAUCGGUUCAAACACAAGAUACCAAUACCUAUACCAAUAGAAGUUAUUGUGACAAUAGUAGCAACUGGCAUUUCAUAUGCUGCCGACUUGGAAAAAAAAUACAAUGCAGGCAUUGUUAAGAGCAUUCCAAGAGGAUUUUUGCCUCCCGAACCUCCAAAUGUCAGCCUGUUUUCCCAGAUGAUAGCAGCCUCCUUUUCCAUUGCAAUUGUUGCUUAUGCUAUUGCCGUAUCUGUGGGAAAAGUAUAUGCAACCAAGUAUGACUAUGCUAUUGAUGGAAACCAGGAAUUUAUUGCCUUUGGGUUCAGCAACAUUUUUUCAGGUGCCUUUUCUUGUUUUGUUGCAACUACUGCUCUUUCACGGACUGCAGUCCAAGAAAGUACUGGUGGAAAGACUCAGGUUGCUGGUAUAAUCUCAGCUGGGAUUGUUUUGAUUUCUAUUGUUGCCCUGGGGAAAUUGCUAGAGCCCUUACAAAAGUCUGUGUUGGCAGCUGUAGUCAUAGCUAACUUGAAAGGGAUGUUCAUGCAAGUGUUUGAUGUUCCCCGUCUGUGGAGACAGAAUAAAGUGGAUGCUAUGAUCUGGGUUUUUACAUGUAUAGCAUCCAUCAUUCUGGGACUUGAUUUGGGAUUACUUGCUGGCCUUUUGUUUGGAUUGCUGACAGUUGUGCUGAGAGUUCAGUUUCCCUCAUGGGGAGGCUUUGGAAACAUUCCUGGCACAGACAUCUACAAGAAGGUCAAGGACUACAAAAAUGUUAUAGAACCAGAAGGUGUGAAGAUUCUCAAGUUUGCAAGUCCAAUUUUUUAUGCUAACAUUGAUGGACUGAAAAGCAGCCUCAAAUCCACAGUGGGAUUUGAUGCAGUCAAGGUAUAUAAUAAGAGACUCAAAGCACUGAGAAAAAUACAGAAGCUAAUCAAGAAGGGAAAAUUAAAAGCUACUAAGAAUGGCAUCAUCAGUGAGCCUGGCAUUAAUAAUGAAGCUUUUGAGACUGAUGAGGAUCCUGAAGACAACCAAGAUCUUCAAGUUCCCACCAAAGAAGUAGAGAUCCAGGUGGACUGGAAUUCAGAACUUCCAGUCAAAGUAAACAUCCCCAAGGUGCCCAUCCACAGUCUGAUUCUUGAUUUUGGAGCAGUAACCUUCUUGGAUAUUGUAGCUGUGAGAUCAAUAAAAACGAUAAUCAAAGAGUUUGAGAGAAUUGAUGUGAGAGUAUAUUUUGCUUCAUAUCAAGACAACCUUAUAUCUCAGCUGGAACGGAGCGCCUUCUUUGAUGACACUGUCAGAAAAGACAUGUUCUUUUUGACUGUCCAUGAUGCUGUGCUCUACAUAAGGAAUCAAAUGACAUACAGUGACAACCAAGAUCCUAUAUUUGAGAAGAUUUCACUCAUGCAGGAGUCUAAAGAACCCCUAGAGUUCACAGAAACAAGCCGGCCUGAUGAUGAACUUGAUGUUCAGGAAGAGGCUAUGCGCAGACUUGCUUCAUGAAGAUGGACUGCUGGUACUGUCCUGCCUGUGAACUCACAGCAAUAUUUACGCACCCGUACUAUAUAAACAUUUUCUGCAAUUAAACCAAUCUUUGCACUUGAAGAAAACCCUGAUUGUUUUUCUGAAUGAUACAGAUCUAUAUAACCGUCCAAAUUUUAGCUAACAUUGUCCUGGAAAUAUUCUGGACCUCAAUUCAGCAAGCACUUUCCACUAUGAUACAUUUAAUAAAAAAGAAAAUCAGAAGACGAUUAUAAAAGAUUUACUGAGUUUUGGGACUAGUCAAGCAGAAGAUGCGCUACACUUUUAUCAUUGUGUACAGGAUGAAAAACUCGACUGGGGUCUGCCCAGGAGAGUUGAACAGACCAAAAUCUUUGGAUGGCAAGCCUUUUGUUCAGUAUUUGUACCAUGCCUAGAGAAAGGACAGGAGUUCUAGCUGGCCAAGACUUUGAAUUCUAGAAUAUUAGUGUGAGAAUAUGUGCUGUGUCACGAUCAUUUUUUCCAAUCAAUUCCUUAAACUGCUGCAGGUUGUUAGAUCACUGAAACAGGUAGCAGGUGAAACAGUCACAUGAAGAGAAAACAGCACUGAACUACUAUAAAAUUUUGAAUAGGAUAGGUUUCAAAAGACGCUUGGAUAUGGGCUCAUUAGUUCUGUAUUAAUCCCAUUGUGGCAAAUCAUGCACUACUACUUAUGAUUGUUCCUAAAAUGAAGUACACACAGAUUAUUUUGGCUAGGUUACAUAACCUUCAUCAAGAGGCAGAUCAUAACAUAAAUUAAGGAAAACCUUAGUGCCCAAGUGCUUAAUGGAAUCUGUAGAACAAGCUGCUACUGAGUGUAAGCACGAAAGUCAGAAUAUGACUUAUUAUAGAGGUUUAUGGGUUUUUAAAAUGGAAUAUAGGAGUAUUUUUUGUUUAAUGAAUAGUUAUAUUUUUUAUAUAGCAGAUUUUUUCUUUUAAUAUUUUACACCAAACUGCUGCUGUUCUUUUACAUUUGAAAGUCUAAAACGCACAAGUGCAAUCAUUUACAAAAGAUAAAGGAUUUGACCUGCAAAACUUUAAUUCUUACUUUCAGAUUAUAUAAAGUAGAUAUGCAGGAAAUUAAUGUUCCUAAUUUUCAUUAAGAAGAAAUGUAUUUUUAUGUAAAACAGACUGCUACCAUAAAUUUUUUAGCACUACAUUAUUUUUUUUAAAUGGAGGAAAACCAUUCAUGAUGAGGAAACCGAUAAAAACAACAGUGUAAGAAAUGCCCUGGUAUAAAAGCGUGAGCUAAUAAGCUUCAGUAUCUUCACAUAUUUAAGUCUCCUUAUUUGAUUAAAUCA